ACAUGAAAGGCGGUUUUAAACUAGAACAAAGAAAGGAGGCAAGUGCUGAAAAAGAGGAGGCAUGAGAGGUUUGGAAAAAGCGAUGGAAUGGCUGAGACCCCUUGUUGAGAAGAAGACAUGGGACUACUGCGUUGUUUGGAAGUUGGGGGACGACCCUUCAAGGUUUGUUGAAUGGAUGGAUUGCUGUUGUGGUGGUGGCUAUGGUCUUGCUAAUGUCAAAGUUGAAAGAGAAGGGCAGCAUUUGCCUCCCCUUUGCAGGGAUAGAUACUCUCAGCACCCUGUAAGGACUAGAGCUUGUGAGGCACUUGCCCAGUUUCCUUCUUUCAUGCCCCUAUAUUCUGGGAUUCAUGGAGAGGUGGUGGUAUCAACCCAACCCAGGUGGCUUUCCCAUGGCACUGCCCUGGAUUCAAAUCUUUCUCAUGAGUUGGUUGGAACCCAGGUUCUGAUCCCAGUAGUUGGUGGCCUUAUUGAGCUAUUCAUUGCAAAGCAUGUACCCAAAGAUCAGAAUAUCAUAGACUUUGUCACAGCUCAGUGUCAUAUCUCUUCGGAACAAGAAGUAAGGAGCUGCAACAGUGUGAGUCCCAACGAAAACUCUCUUGAUCCAUUGCUCGGCAAGUACGGAGACAAUCUUCCACCUCCCCUGCUCCACUUGAGUUCCAUUCUCCAGCUGCAAUUUCUUCCCCCAGCAACCCAACCCUCCAUGUAUGGUUUUGAAGGAUCUUCCAACGUUUCUGAUCGUUUGAAUGAACAUCCAUCAUUUGAUUCAAGUUCCUGUCUUGCACCAAGACACAAGUCUUUGAAGCGGCCAAUUGAAAAAUCUUCAUUCUCUAUAGACCAUCAUUACAAUGAAACUUUGUUAAAGCAACAGCUGGGUUUGGGUUUGGGUUUAGUUAGUGCCACUCCCAUGGUUGAGAAAGAAAAUGAGAAGGCCAGGCAGAAGCCCGAAAGCGAACAAUACCACUCCAAGAAUCUGAUCACAGAGAGGAACCGAAGAAAUAGGAUUAAAGACGGGCUCUUUACUCUACGUGCUCUGGUGCCCAAGAUUUCCAAGAUGGACAGGGCUUCAAUUCUUGGAGAUGCGAUCCAGUAUAUUGUGGAGUUGCAGCAGGAGGUGAAGAAACUCCAGGAUGAGGUCAAUAUGGAACAAGAGGGCAGCAAUAUGAAGGAUGCUGAAUUGAAAAGAAGUUCUAGAUACUCACCAGCUACUACUACCGAACACAACCGAGGCAGCUCUAGUAUCGGCGAAAAGAAACAAAUAGAAUCACAAAGAGUGCAAGUAGAAGUGAAGCUGAUUGGCACAAGAGAAUUUUUGCUGAAGUUGUUAUGUGAGCAGAAGCGAGGUGGGUUUGCAAGGCUGAUGGAGGCUAUCAACGUUUUAGGGCUUCAAGUUGUUGAUGCCAACAUCACCACAUUUAAUGGCAAGGUCUUGAACAUUUUCAGGGUUGAGGCUAGAGAAAUCAGAAAGUACAUAGAAAUACAUUGGGAUGAGAAGAAAAAGAGAGCAAGUUGUGAUUCAGAAAAUGAAGCAUUUACUCUCAGCAUUGAGAGCUCUCCUGUUCAUGUAUCUUCACUUCAUCUUGUAUGAUCAUAUGGU